UUUAGCCGAUGGCAGCGGCUGAUGCCCGGCGGCGGAUGCCAGCGGCAGCCGGGCCAUGGCGAGGAGCCGGGCGGCGUACGAGUACACGGAGGCGGAGGACAAGAGCAUGCGGCUGGGUUUCCUGCUCAUCGCCGCCGGCUUGCUCUCCCUCCUGGGUCUGGGCUGCUGCUGGCUUCGCCCGGCGCUGCAGGAGCGGGGCGGCGGCGGCUCCGCCAACUGCACGGUGCUGGCGGUGCGGCAGCUGGGCGAGCGCUUCGCCUGCACCUUCUCCUGCGGGGCCGCCUGCCGCGGCACCGCCCGCUACCCCUGCCUCCAGGUGCUGGUCCGCACCUCCCGCUCCUCCGCGCCCGCCCUGCUCCAUGAGGACGAGCGGCAGCUGCGCACCAACCCCAAGUGCUCAUACAUCCCUCCCUGCGCCAGAGACGAUCAGGAGAACUCUGAGAACGUCACGUACAAGCAGAAAUACUGGAAAGAGAAAGUGGGUUCUCAACCAUUUACGUGCUAUUUUAACCAGCACUUGAGGCCGGAUGACGUGAUGCUGAAGCGCACCCACGACGAGACUGUUCUCUUGCACUGCUUCCUCUGGCCCGUGGUGACGUUCCUGGUCGGAGUCCUCAUCGUGGUCCUGACCAUCUGUGCCAAGAGCUUGGCUAUCAGGGCAGAGGCAAUAAAAAAGAAGAAGCAUUUGUGAGCGGCAAGGCUGCUUGUGGAAAAGCAAAACCUGCAAGAAGGUCUCAGGUGGGGCAGCUGGACACACCUGCAGGUCUGCGGGGCACCCAGCUGCAGCUCCUUCCAGGCUCUGAUCUGUGGUGGAGUAGCUCUUGUCUCAGGACUGUUCUUGGGAGAUUGCCCCAUGAAAUGCCUGCUAAUUGCUUCUUCUGCUAUGGCACUAAAUAAGUAUAUUUUACCAAAAAAAAGGAGAAAAUUUACACUGCACCAACUAUGCUGUGUGCUGUUAGUGCUGAAAAGCAGCUACCCAGAAACUGAGACAGUUUAUGAAACUCCCUGAUGAUGUCGCUUUCAUCUCCACAAAGUGAUCUUUGCUAAUGUUUAAUAUUAAAUAUUUAAAAUAUUUACUUUAGAUAGAAUAUAUUUCCAAAAGAAUAAAAUGGUAUU